CGAGAGCGCACUUGACGAACGUUCGCAGUCUUUCAAGGAGUUCACUUCACCUUUUGCUCACUGCACUUGAAGUACCACGUCUUUGAUCAAAUAUAUCUGUUUCUUUCAUUUGUGAAGAAUUGCAGCUUUCGUUUUUACUUCAUUAGCAAGCUGCUAAGUGGCUGGUACCCAGGGCUCCCUACUGCUGUGUAGUUAAUCGGUUACAGUAUGGAAGGCAGUGGUACUGGAUGGACUGGAGGUCUGCUGCCCUCUGUAGGUGAUGAGGCAACUAAGGAGCACUCAGUCUUUGAAGUGGCUGUCCAGAACGGCUUGGCCAACCACAGCUCCCUGUUUGCAGACGUGGUUCUGGUGCAGAGCUUCAAGCUGCUCAUCAUUCCAUGCUACGCCCUGGUGGUGGUGGUGGGUGUGUUGGGGAACUACUUGCUGCUCUACGUCAUCUGCCGCACCCGCAAGAUGCACAAUGUCUCCAACUUCUUCAUCGGGAAUCUGGCCUUCUCAGACAUGCUGAUGUGUGUGACCUGUGUACCAUUCACCCUGGCCUAUGCCUUCAACCCCCGUGGCUGGGUGUUUGGAAGGUUUAUGUGCUACCUGGUGUUCCUGAUCCAGCCAGUCACAGUUUACGUGUCUGUCUUCACCCUCACCGCCAUUGCUGUCGACAGGUACUAUGCCACUGUGCAUCCUCUGAAGAAGCGCACCUCGGUGGCCACCUGUGCCUAUGUGCUGUCAGGGAUCUGGCUGCUGUCCUGUGGUUUGGUGGCUCCAGCUGUGGCCCACACCUACCACGUGGAAUUCAGAGAGGAGGGCCUCACCAUCUGUGAGGAGUUCUGGCUGGGGCAGGAGAAGGAGAGGCUAGCCUACGCCUACAGCACCUUGCUGGUUACCUACGUCCUGCCACUCUCUGCCGUCUGUGUCUCCUACCUCUGCAUCUCUGUCAAGCUGAGGAACUGUGUGGCACCGGGACAUCGGACCCGGGACCAGGCAGAGGCACAGCGAGCCCGGAAGCGGAAGAUCUUCCGUCUGGUUGCGCUGGUUGUGGCGGCCUUUGGGGUGUGCUGGCUGCCCAUUCACGUGUUCAACGUACUGCGUGACAUCGACAUCCGCCUCAUCAACAAGCGCCACUUCCUGCUCAUCCAACUAAUGUGCCAUCUGUGUGCCAUGAGCUCAUCCUGUUGUAAUCCCUUCCUGUACGCCUGGCUGCACGACCGUUUCCGCGCCGAACUGAGGAAGAUGUUCACCUGCCACCGCCGCAUCGGCAUCCCUGCCAACCACUGUGCCACAGCCAGCGUGGCCCUGUGACUGUGCAUGGACAAGGAGAGAGAAGAGACAGAAGAUCUCUGAUACCAGUGUAAACAUGUUUUAGAUCCAAUUUUCUGAUUAUUUGCUAUUGACCUAAUGUGGAUAUGACAAGAGUUAAUUGUGAAUUACAGCUGAUAACAGAGAUAUUAGGUGGUUCCCUAGUAAUUUUCGAUGAACAAAUCAAUUGAACAUGCAUGAGGUGAUUGCCUGGAAAGAAUGAAUGAAGUGAUUGAAUGCCAAUAAUAUGAAGGUAACACAAGAGAGAAAAAAGCAAGAGAAAGAAUAAAGGGAGAGGGAAGGAGAGGGAGAAAGAGGAGGCGAGGUGACAGGACCACCAAACAAAUGCUAUUCUGAAGGCCAUUAUGCACAGCCACAGUCAAUGUUUAACACCAGGAAACAUCAGCAAGCAGGAGAUUCAUCUGCCAAAAAUUAGAGGUUUGGUGGAUAAUUUCAAGGCAGCUAAGCACUGUUCACACAAUAGUUGCUUGUACAUACGCGAUAUCCCCCAUAACUCCAGGUGGACAGUUGUCUGCUGAGGUUAGAGGGUAGUAGUUGUCCCACCUAGCUAUCUUAAGAUUAAUGCACUAACUGUAGGUUGCUCUGGAUGAGAGCGUCUGCAAAAUGACUAAAAUGUCAAUGUAAAUAGUCAAUGCAGGUUUGGUCCCCAGAUUGAUGUUUGGCAGUGGAUGACAUGCUUAAUGACAUGAAUACAGAUAUAAUCUCAGUCUCCACUCUGUGAAUAAACAUGCUUAAUAAAACAGUAGGUGGUGUUUGUUCCCCCAUGGUUACAUCCCUAUUUUUAUUGCAGUCUUAUCAGUCUGUUACUCAUCUUUGUCUCUGGGGAACGUACACCGCUUCUGACAAUAGUCAUUUAGAAUUGUUUGCUACCCGAGUGGCGCAGCGUUCUAAGGCACUGCAUCGCGGUAUUGCGGCAUCACUACUGCCAGGGUUAUAUCCCAGGCUGUGUCACAAUCGGUCGUGACCGAGAGUCCCAUAGGACUGCGUACAAUUAGCCAAGCGUUGUCCGGGUUAGGGGAGGUUUUGGACGGACGGACGGGGGGACGUAUGACUCGAUCUUUGACUCCCCCUAGCCCGUUGUGGAGUUGCAUAUCACGAAAUUAGGGAGAAAAAGGGUAAAAAAUUGAAAAAACUUGAAUGUAAUUAGGUGUUUGUUAGGCAUUUGCUGAGGUCAUGCUUCCCACUUCAUGCUUGCAUUAAUGACUGCAUUAUAGUUUAACUGAGGUGUUGAUUCUUAUUGGUUUUUUAGAUCAACCACAAAAAACCUUCACACUUUCAAUACAUUUAGUGAAAUGUCAUGGGGCCUAAUAAAUGGCCUUCUGUGGUUUGUGUCAUGCCAUAUAAAAUGUUUGUCCUUAAGUGAUUGCAUGCAAUUAUGUGUAAAAUUCUGAAUAAACAAACACUGAGAAU